UUUAUCUCUUGCAGUAACUGAAGUGGAAACUGUGCCGUUUUUGGAAUUUUAACAAAUCUAUUCUUUAAGAAUUUUCUUGAGAUUACUUGUUUCAUUGUUAUAAUCUGGUUAUUCUGAUAUGAUUGUGAAUAUUGUGAAUAUUUUUUGUCAUUUACUGACAUAUUCUGUAUAUGGUGAAUUUUUGGGGGCAUUUAAAUACCAUUUACAAGGACUCAAAACAGUUACUUGGAUAUAUUUCUAGGGAUGAUAUACGUUAUUGGGAAUGUUUGAGACAAGUUAUUUGAAAGAUGGAUGGCUGACUGGAGUAUACUGAAGUCCUCGGGCAAUGAUUUCCUGUCGUCAUUGACAACAUACAGUAACCAUGACCCGACCUUGACCCAGUUUCACAUGAUGAGCAGUUUUAUAGACAGAACAUUCUCUUCUCAGAAUAUUUAUAAUGAAAAUACAUUCUGUACACCUGAUAAUGUAGAUGAAUGUUUGACCCAUCUGAACCAGGAAUUGACAGGGCUUGGUUUACAGCCAGUGAGUCGAGACGGCGUAGGAUGCACAACAUCACUUAUUAACAGAUUGGAGGAAAUCCUACGAAUGUACCAGAGGAGUAAUAGAAUAAAGGAGGAGCUAGAAAAUAGAGUACAUCGCAUCAGCUGUGAUGCCUCAGAGAACCAGUCAGUCAUCCGCCGAUUAAAGAACGACAAGGAGCGUCUGGAGCGAGGUGUGGCCCAGGAGAAGGAACAGCAUAGACAGACACAUAACAAAAUUAAAAACCUCUCCACAAAGUUAAAGACCGAGAAAGAUGAGUUGAGACGAGUUCAGUCAGUUGUCAAAGACAGGGAUGCUCAGUAUAAGCAUGAGUUGAAGAAGAAACAAAGGGAGGUAAACAGACUCAUGGAGAAACUUCAUCAGCUACUCAUGGAUAAAAAUCCUGACAGAAGAAUAGGUAUGGAUAUGGAGGGAUAUUUACGUAGAGGUGACAGUAAAAGAAGCACUUGGAAAAAUACUGCCACCAGUAAUAAGCAAGAAGAAAUGUAUCAGUUGCUGAUAUCUAACUACGAGGAAAAGCAACAAGAACUGCGUGUAGAGAACAGUGAUCUCAGGGACUGUCUGAUAGACAUGCAGAAAGAACUAUCCUCUGUCUUAAAUACCUCAAACACAAACAUGACAAGUCUCCACUCUCAGAAUGGUGAUAUAUCAGCGAGUAGCAGUGAGGAAGAUUUGUCCACAUCAUCAUCUAUUUCACAUGAUCUCAAUGAUGAUUAUUUUCAGAUGCCUUAUGAUCUACUUAGAGAAAAUCUUCAGAAGAGUUUUCAAGGCACGUGUAAACGUUUACGACAAAACAUGAAAAAGUGUUCAUCAAAUACUCAAUCCUCACCAAAGUCUCAUGUGAGACAGUCUAGUCAAGGUAAAUCUCCAUUGCACCAUGUAGAUGAUAACCGGGAGAGUGAACGUAGACAGGAGGAGAUGGAGAAGCUGAGAAAACAGAUUGAUAAAUAUAAAGAUAUUGUUAAACAACAAGAAGAACUUAUACAGCAAUCCCUGAGUACUCAGUCAAGGUCAAUGGAAAACACAUUCCUUCAAGAAUCUCAGAUCCUCCAGGAGAAAGAGAGUCUGUCAGAACAGAGAAGGAAGUUUUACCAGGAAAAAGCUAACUUUGAAGAAGAGAGGAGAAAAAAUGCAGAAAUCUCCAGGCAGAUUCAGCAUGAGAGGAAACAGCUUGAAGAGGAGAAAGCAAGCUUGCUGAGGACACAGAUUAUACACAUGUCACCAUACAGUAGCUCUAAACCUCCAACGCCUCCAAAAUCUAAAGAUAAAACACGUCUACUUCCAUCCACUCCUGUAUUUUCGCCAGCCCCAGGGAAGUCUAAUAGUGCCUUAACCUCGUCGGCAGAACUUCUCAAAAUGCUCAGUCUUUCCAAGAAGAAAAGUGUUCACAAGUCCCCAGACAAACAGUCCAUGACAAAGUGUAACAGCACUGAUUCUCUCUCCAGCUCCUGUCCGUCUGCUCAUUCUGCACCAUGUGAUCUCCAGCAUUCAUCAAGGUCUUCCAAACGCUCAUCAUUUGAAAAUGGUGAAAGUAAGUCCGGAUCAUCCAAACGCUUGUCAUAUGAAGAGAUGGAGACUAUGGAGAGAUCUUUGUUUUCACAGCACAUCAGACAUAGAUCUAGUAGUUUGUCUAGUCUAGAUGGCCAGUGAUGUGUGCUAUUUAUUAAAUCUCACUAAUAUGUAAAUAGUGGUCAUACCAAAUAGAAACAUCCUAGACAUAAAAAGAACUUAUGGUAAUUCUACAUGUUAGGAUCAAACUUUUUUUUACAAUGUAUCAUUUGAUUGAAUGCUGAUAAAAAAAGCUUGAGUUUUUAAUACAGCAAUAUGAAAAAGUUGGACCUUGUGUAAGUUUUCAUAUAUUUGGAGUCUAUGGGAAAGUCACAGGUCACAGUUUUGAAAACAUGUUUAUGAAUAUUUUUUUCUCUUCUGCAACAUAGAUUUAAUGAAACUUACGGCAGUUAUAGAUCAACAUAUUGUCUAUUGUUAAAUAAAAUGUAUUGGUCUGUGUGAUUAUUAUUAUUUUUUCUUGAUAUGUGCCCAUUAUUUUAAACAGCUGCAAAAUCAAAGCAGAUUUAAAGUAUUUCUAGUCAAAACAUUUUUUAUCUCUAGAAAAUAAAGUUUCCACUUUGUAAAUGUACUCGAAAUGACAUUUAUAGGCAGGAUUACUUUCCUUUCCGCAUGCCUGGUCCAGGCUCUUUUCCAUGUUAUCCGGAUAAAUGACUUUACGCCUUGUCUUCCACUUUAUUGAACAUGCAGAAUUAUCUUAAUCACCUUUUGCAGCUGUUGGAUGAUUUAUGGAGAAAAUCCAUUGCAAAAAAACACUAGAUAUUUAAAAUUAUAUGUGCAGAAACUCUUUAGCGGGUGGGGGAUUGGGGAGUGGGUGCAUUUUUUUGUUUGAUUUGAACCAUUGUAAUUAUUAACUGUUCCGAGUGCUGGUAAACCAUUCUCGUAAAAAUAGUACAAAAUGUAAAUAGAUCAGCUGAAAACAGUGAUAUUUUCUUCUUUUCCAAUGAAGUUUUGUCGAUGGAACUGUUGUAAAAAUGGGGUAAAAAGGUGCCAGAUCGUGGCUUGAAGAAGAAAUAUUUACAGUCAGAAACAUAAACAUUUAUACUUCGACAAAUAUUCUGUUUGUUUCAAGGGAUGUUUCUUUUUGUUAUGACUCAGUUAACAAGUUGUGAAUAAAAAGUGUUCAGAGAAUUACAGGGUGGUCAUAAAAUCUGUGUACAUUACUUGAGUUUAAUUUGAUACAUACAGAAACGUCUGUAAAAUGGCUACACUGAAGAAGAGGUUUCUUUACCCCUUAUAUCUUCUACACAGGUACAGGGAAUUGUGAAAUAAUACAUGAAAGUAGCCAGAUGAUUAAAAUUCCAGUUUAACAUACACUAGUCUUAUUCGGUUAGGGUAAAUGUAAAUAUUUGACCUCAUUUCUGAUAUUGUGGGAAAUGGUCCCAAAUGCUUCUUAAUUAUAGGUAGAAGUUUAGACUAAGUUAUUUAAUUGAUGUAAGUUUGAAAUAUUUCCUACCCAUUUUCUGAACUGAUAAUAAAUGUAUGAUAAUUUGGCUGAGAUUAUAUCAUUACACUAGUUCUCAUUAAGUGCCAAGUAUUGCAUGACUCUGCGUAAAUUGCUGGUUAUUAGUCUGUGUUUUUGCCCAGUCAGCAGUUCAACACAGAUUUGCAGGGCUAAAUUAAAAAAAUAGAAAUGGGAAAAAACUUUGAAACUUGUUUCUGAUGUCAUGUAAUAAAGUUCUUACUGAAUAGAAUAUCAGUCAAUAGUAAAAACUAUAAUAGUUUGGACUAUUGGCCGGCAAGUCAUUCAGUGUAUGUUACUAAGGGUUAUUAUAUAGAUUUGUUAGGUAUCGGGGUUAUACAUGUACAUAAUUUUAUAUGUUUAUUACAUAUCACACAUUUUUUGUAUGAUCUCAUAACUAUGUACAUUGUAGGAGGCCUUGACUUUUAUAUUCUCUGGACUUUAGUUCUGAGAAAACGCUUGAUAUAACAAAACUUGCCAUAUUGUUUUCAAACUUGAUUCACUUAUUUUGCGAUAGUGCCUAUAAUGUUGAUUUCUUUCUUCAAAUAACUGACAAAAAUAAUGUAAUAUCAAAGGAGCUUAGAGAAUGAUUAUAGAAGUUUUGUAUUCUUUGAAUUAUCUUAAAAUGUACAGAAAUGUUCCUUUGUUUAUCCUCAACUAAAUUCCUCCCAAGUUAUUCUGAAUAUUUUGAAAGCUUGCCCACCAAAGGGUAAUUGGCCAGCUUUCUCUAUAUGGCUAUAUGGAUAAUUUUGGAAAUCUCAGAAACUGCUGGCCUGAUUUCAGAACCAAUUUCACAACAAAGUUCUUUAGGUGACUUUCUAUAAAAUUCCAUCAAAUUAUUCUUUUUCAUCAAAAACAUGCCCGCCAGGGCCAGGGGGUGGUAGUUUUCCUUAAAUGGCUGUAUAAAAAACUUUGAAAGUCUACCCCUCAGAACCUCUAGCCUGAUUUAAAAAAUGUUAGUUGUGUAACACUGUGCCAAAUUCUUUCAAGAUAUUCUGAUUUGUCUAAAAAUGGGGAAGGAACUGCUUUCAAUAAUUAUUAUGUAGGAUUGUAGAGAUUUCGUUGCCAAAAAAAUAUGAUGCUGAUGUAUUGUACAUGUGCCUUUGAUAAUAGUGAUAUUUACUGAACCCGUUAAUUUCAAUUUGUUUUGUGUGUGGAUUUGUGCUGUGAGUGUUGUCUCCCUUUGUACUAGGAGUGCAUAGAGAUUUGACAUUGUGCGUUUAUACUGACUUCCAGAAAAUUGGUUGUUUCUUGUUAAGGCACAAUUGUUUCAAACCACAGAUGUUUGUGUGUUAUGCGUGGAUGUACAUAAAGACAUUUUAAGGGGCUGUAAUGUUAGUAUGCCGUAAGCUAAUUUACAACCGUCCACCCUGUUGAUACAUCAGGUGUUGAUAUGAAUGAAACAUGUAUAUUUAGAUGACUGCAUUUUCUAUUUGUCUUUUUGUUACUUAUCUGCUUUUCUCUUUUGAUUGCCAUCAGUUGUAUUGCCUUAAAUCAAAUCGAGAGGUUUUGGUGCUUGCUGCUAUACAUUCCAACUAUGAAUAUAAUUCUUGCUAUUAGCAUAUGUGUAAAACUUUGUGGUAAGUAAGUGUCGUAGUAAGAUCCACCUAUUCCUGUAACAAAGAUUUUGCAAUAGUUGUAAUAGGAAAAUUUUUAAUUUUCAAGACAUUUCGAUUAGUGGUAAAUUCAUUGUCGGGAAAUUAUGAGGAAUUUUAGCCUUUUUUGACAUCAGUUUGUUUAAAAAAAAUUUUUUUUUUACUUUUCUUUGUGAAUGGAUUGGUAUAAAACUCUCAAGUUAUCAUAAUUAGCAUAAACACAAUAUUUCCUAAGCAAAAGUUUUGUAAACUUUCUAAAAAAAUGUUUUAAAUUUGUGUUAACGCUUGAUUUUUACAAGGGGAAAAAUAAAUUUUUUGGCCAUAAAAUUGACAUUAUUAAAGAUAUAUUAGUACUAAAAGGACCUGCUACAGCCAAAGAAAACUUUUAGAAGCUAGAGCUGCAAUUCAUGAAAAACUUGAAAACUUGUGUUACAGAUAUGGUGGAUUAAACAGGAAUUACUGUAAUGAAUUUCUGUAAGUUGCAGUGUAAGUCAGAAUAACUUCCAGAAUUCCAAAUUAAUUAUGUGAUCUUCUAUUCUUUAUAUUGUAAAGCUUCCAGAAUGUGUUCCAUUGUGUAUAGGCUAACUCUUACUUUGCUAAAUAUGUAUGUAUAUAUAGAUCUAGUAUUUGUACUAAGUAAUGCAAAGUGAAAGUACAUGUUCAAAAUAUUCAUGUAUAUACACACCAGUACUAGAUAUGCAAAAGACAAUAUAUGUCUUGGCUAAUAUGAUGGGUCUUACAGUGCUUUCUGCAACAUACCCCAUAUUCUCUAAUUGAUUUUGCCUUGGCGACCAGUGCAGACCAAGAUGAGCCUGCAGGCCUGUGCAAGCUCAUCAUGGUCUAAACUGUUCGCUAUUCAGUCAGAAAAUUUUCAGUGAACACCCUUUUAAAUAAUAAUUAGUACUGCCCAAAUUGAAAGAUGGACCAGUCCAUUUAAUAAUUAAGCAGGGUAAAGGUUAGCAUUCUACUUCUAAUAAAUGCUCUCCAUUUUCAAAAAAAUAUAUAAAGUUAUUUAAAGUUAAUUUAGGUCAUGAGAGAACACCAGAAAUAUGGUAGCGCUUUAAUAAAAAAAAUCCUUAAUUAUAACGGUAUUUACAAAAAAAAAUGUUAAAAUACCCCAUUUUAUUUAAGAAAUAAUAUAUCUGAUUUAGAGAUUUGUCAUUGAAGAAAAUCAUUGUCUGGAAUUCAGAUGUGAAGGAAUUAUAUUACAAAUGUGCAGCCUAUAUGAUGUAAUAAUAUGCAUCUGAAUGCCAUGUUAGAAUGGGCUUUAGUUAAGAAUCCCCGUCCCUUUUGCAAAAUGUUUCGCCCCCUGAGGAGUUAAUAAGGGAAUAUAACUAUAUAUGGUUUUAACACAAAAUUAUGCAAAAGUUAUAUACACCUUAAAAAUAUGCACAUACAAAGAUCUUACUACAAAGUAUGCAAAAGUUAAUAUAUAAUCUUCCAGUAUAUGUUAUAUUUAAUACUGCUUGGAACUUCACGUUCUGCAUGUAUAGCUUCCAAAAUAGUAAAUUGCUAAUUUCUACACCCUGUACCAUCUAACCUAGUAUGAAAUAUGAUAUUUAAAGUGCACUUUGAGAUAUUUCAUUUUUACUGGCUUUAGAUUGAGACAGGAACUUUGGGUGGACAUGAACUCAUGGGUUUUGAAUACCAAAGAUAGAUCAAUGAAUAAGAAUUUGUUGGUUUUUUUCCCUUCCAGUUUGUUCAACCACAUAAAUCACAAAAAAGUAGACCCCUCCCCCUUGAAUAAUGCUGGUUUCAUGGUGUACAGUCCGCUACAACAGUGCUAGACUGGCAUCAGUCGUUAGAGUCCUUUAAAAUAAAUAACUCUGCCAUAUAAUCCUUUUUAAUAGCACUUUCUGAAGGAAAAAUGCAGUAUCUCUUAUCUCUGAGAGAUUAGCAUAGAUAUUUUUUUUUAGAUGUCUAGGUCAGUAUGUAGAAACUACAAAUUUCUUAAGCUCAAUAGACUUUGUAAGGCUACAGCAGUGCUAAUUCUUGUGUUAUUUAAAAACACACGAGCCGCGCCAUGAGAAAACCAACAUAGUGGGUUUGCGACCAGCAUGGAUCCAGACUAGCCUGCACAUCCGCGCAGUCUGGUCAGGAUCCAUGCUGUUCGCCAACUGUUUCUCUAAUUGCAAUAGGCUUUAAAAGCGAACAACAUGGAUCCUGACCAGACUGCGCAGGCUGGUCUGGAUCCAUGCUGGUCGCAAACCCACUAUGUUGGUUUUCUCAUGGCACUGCUCAUAUGAAGUUUAAAUAGGAGACAUGGUUGAUACAGUAUGACUUCAUUGUAAACACCCAGUGUAACCAGUUGUUACGACAUGACUACUAUCUAUUACUAUGUUAUGCAUGUUACUUACACAUGUCAUUACAUUACUUGUAACUACACUACUGUAAUUGCAUAAUCUUGUAAUGUUAAUACUGCUUGUAAUUAUUACAUUACUGUUACAGUACAAUACUGUCAAAAAAAGAAUGGUAACAAGUACUACUAAUUCCUGUAAAAAGGUCUUAAACAUGUGUUACUUGUUAAUGUAAAAAGGUCCUAACCAUUGUGAUUAUUUGCUGUAAAAAGUCCUGAAUAUGUCUUACUUAUUACUGUAAAAAGUUCUAACCAUCUGUUACUGUAAAAAGUCCCAAACAUGUUACACCUAUUACAAUAAAAAAGGUCCUAACCUUGUGUUACUAAUUACUGUAAAAAGUCUUCAACAUGGGUUACUUAUUACUUUGAAAAGUCAUUAACAUGUUUUACUUAUUAUUGUGAGAAAGGUCCUAACCAUGUGUUACUGAUUGCAGUAAAAAUCUUCAACAUGGGUUACUAAUUACUGUAAAAAAGUCCUUUUCAUGUGUUUUAUAGCUACUUACACAAGCUUUCAUCUAAAAUAAGGGUGAUACAACUGUGUAGAAUGCAGACUGUAAUAAAAAUUGAUUAUAUUCAGGAAAUGUUUAAUUACAGCCUUAUAUUUGUAACAUUCCAUGUAUUCUAAACAUAUCAUUUAUAUGGUUCGUGAACAUUUUACAAUUUUGUAAAACAGUGUUAUUUGAUGUUGAAAAUAAAAUUAUUUUUGUGUAAG